GUAUACAUUUUAAAUAGGAAUUCUUCUUAACAUUUAUUAUUAUCGUUAGAAAAGAGUUAAAAUUCUUGGUUUGCCGGAGAAAAAAAAUCUUGAGAAAACGAAAAUCACCUGACAUUUCAUAUCUUUCUCUCGUUCGAUCAUCACGUGAUUAGAUCAGCUGGCUGGACGCAUGAUAGUUAAUACGUGCAUUAUUAUUUGCAUUUAUUUCAUCGAUGUUCACCUUCUUUAAAAGUUUUAAUAUUGUAAAUGUAAAGCUCAACGAAGCAUAAAUUUGAUUUCAAGAUGUCGAAGAUAUUUAUGCUGGUUUUAUUUGGUGCCUUGAUCUAUGGAAUUCAUCUCUGGUUGAACACGAAAUCGUACCUUUUUGAUGAUCAGACAAUUGCAAGAAUAGCGGAGAAAUACGUUGGACUUCCACACCAAGAUGCUUUUGACAAAGUCGGGGAAGUUCUGCGGGAGCAAUACCCGGGUCACAUCCUGCCCAAGGAGAGAGAGGAAUGGAUCUUUGUGAAUGCUGGAGGGUGGAUGGGAGCGAUGUGUCUCGUGCACGCGUCGCUCACCGAGUACAUUCUGUUCUUCGGCACUGCAGUGGAUACUAGUGGACAUUCUGGUCGAUAUUGGGCUAAUGUUUCAGACACAAUCAUGACUGGGAAUUUUCGUCAGUGGAAAGAAGGAACAACAGAAAGCGAGGAAUAUGGACCAGGAGUCACUCUGCUUCACGCAUGGGGCGAGGCCACUUCCGUCCAAUGGAGCCGCACCUGGAUGGUGGAAUAUGGGCGCGGCUUUAUACCCUCCACCCUCCCCUUUGCUGUCUCCGACACCAUCUUUAGCACCCAGGACUUCUAUACCCUCUACCGAGUUGUCAGGAUCUAUGGAGAGGCACUGUUCCAGGAACUACUUUGUGCUCUUGGAUGAUGU